UCUUCUACCUCUCACUCUUUCUCUGCGUGAUCAAAGAAAAGAAAAUGGAAGAGGAUAAAGAGGUGAAGUUACAUGGAUCCUGGGCUAGCCCUUUCGUACAGAAAGUUAAAUGGGCUCUGCAACUGAAACAGAUCAAGUAUGAUUACGUUGAAGAAGAUCUAUCCAACAAGAGCGACUCCUUGUUGCAGUACAAUCCUGUUUACAAGAAAGUUCCAGUCCUCGUUCAUGGAGGAAACCCAAUUUCUGAAUCCACCGUAAUCCUCGAAUACAUUGAACAAGUAUGGCCUCAUAAUCCCCUCUUACCUCAACAUCCUUAUGAAAGAGCCAUUGCUAGGUUUUGGAUUCAAUUUGGAGAACAAAAGGGGCUAACAUUCUUUGCAUUGAUGUUCGCAAAAACUCACGAUGAACAAGAAAAAGCAAAGAAAAAUGCAAUUGAAGUGUUGAAAACUUUGGAAGAAGAAGGCCCAGGAGAUAAAAUAUUCUUCAAUGGUGAUUCUAUUGGAUUAGUAGAUUUAUCCUUCGGGUGGAUUUCUUACUUCUUAGAAGCCUUUGAAGAGACUGUUGGUGUGAAGUUACUAGAACCUUCCAUUUUGCCUCGACUCCAUGCUUGGGCCCAAAGAUUCAAGGAGCUACCCAUUGUCAAAGAAAAUCAUCCCAGUCACGAAAAAUUGGUUGCUCAUUUAAGGCGAUCAAGAGAAAAAUUUCUCAAAAACCCUCCCAUAAUAUUCUAAAUUACUUAUUAUAGUAUGUGUGGCACUAAAUAAAGAGAGGCCUCUAGUAUGCCCUCCCCUAUCAAAACCCUAAAUUAUUACUAUUCUUGUUGCACUAAUAACUUAAAUUACUCUUCUUCUGUUAUUAAAUAUUUGCAUAAUAGUUU